ACAGAAAAGCAUAAAAGUAUACAAUCCGAAUUUAAUCAUUUUAUGUAUUAUUCAAGUCAGUCUCGCGCACAACAAAUAGGCCAUUUUGGCGCCCUCACGGUUAGCUAACCGACGUCAACUAUCUUAAAGGCAUGAAACAAAACACUAAAGGCACAAAACAUAUUUUUGAUAUGUAAAUUUGUAAUGAAGUGAUGAAUGAAAACGAUACUAAUGUUUUGUCUACGUACCAUCCCAUAGUGAUCUCAACGAGAAGCGCUCGAGCAGCGAAUUGUUGCCAUGGUUACUUCCUCAGGCGAACGGGACGUCUCUUCCCUAGCGUCUGUUUAGUGCAUUCUGCUUAACUUGAAAUGUAACUUUUAGGGAACUCGUGUUAAAUAAAAUACGUACUUUUAAGACACUCGUCUCAAACUUUUGUUUUGACUUUCUUUGGGGAUUCAAGUCAUAAUUACAGAGCCUCGUAAUUCACAUCAUGCAUUUUUGUACAUUUCAAGCUUGCAAAAUAUUUAAAUGACACACUCUUACAUAGUCAUUAAAGAGGAGAGAAGAUCAAUAUAAAGAAUCCUAAAAUACCCCUGGUUUUGCAUCUUCUUUCAUACACAUACACACUCAAUGACACACACAUACACACACCUCGAUGACUCAUUCAAACCGAAAACUGUUCACUUACGUUCAUUCAAGUCAGCUCUCUCUCUCCUCUGCGCAGACGCAAGCUACUAAAUGCGUGACACUUGUCGCUGACCGUGCCUAUAUAAAUGCAAACUCCAGCCUUCCUUUGAAGAAGUCCUAAAAGUAAUAACUUGAUAGGCAACAACUGGAAGAGAGACGCACCUCGCAAAGUUCAAAAACCAUCCAAGGAUAUACCAAUUACGCACAGAUUCUCCUCGCCACUUUUUGACAUGAAGCUCAAUUUUCUCGUCACCACCGUGGCUCUGCUCGUUGCCUUUCCACCACCGUAUGAAUGUAGAGCCAUCGAAAGCAGCUCCAACCAGCCAGCCACGGACCCCGAUGGAGAGCGACAAUCCCCGCCGGUUUUGGCACGCUUAGGGGAGGAGUACUUCAUCCGGCUCGGUAACAGAAACCAGAAUUCUCUCCGAUCCCCAGCCGACAGCUUCCCCGAGACAUCCCAGUAUUCCAAAAGAGCACUGCAGCUCCAGUUAACGCAGCGUCUGUUGGAGGGGAAAGUUGGAAACAUCGGCCGCUUGGAUGGCAAUUACGCGCUCCGGGCGCUCGACUCAAUGGAGAGAGAGCGCAGGUCGGAGGAGCCACCGAUUUCCCUGGACCUGACCUUUCAUCUGCUACGAGAAGUACUGGAGAUGGCCAGAGCCGAACAAAUGGCCCAGCAAGCUCACAGCAACCGCAAAAUGAUGGAAAUAUUCGGGAAGUAACCAUGAGCAAACCCAUCAGCCAAAGAUAUUUUUACAUUUAGCACAAACAUGAAUAUUCUGUACCAUAGUGCUGCUUUUCCAUCAUGAUCUAUUUAUACCGGUGACUUAUUUAUUUGUAGAUAUUUCAAUGAAGGCGAAUAGAGUACAGUAGGUGUAUAUGAAUCAAAGUGUUCAGAAGCGCAAAACUGUCGUCACUCUCCAUCAAUGUUAUUGUAUAAGUGAUCAUUCAAAACUGUAGAUGAAGAAAACGUUUGGGUUUCUUUAAAAAAAAAAACAACAAAAAAUAUUUUCCAGUACUGCAUUAUUUUAUCUGACAGACUUGAGUUUCAUUGUAACAUACAGUACAUUGUUUAAGUUUGUUAAUAAACUAAUGAGCAACCAUUAAUUUUUGUUGUGCAAGAGAAUGUCUUAUAUUUAUAUUUUUCAAUAAAAAUUUGAAAGCCA